AUGAUUCAUGAGUUUAAUCUAGCUCUUUUAGGGAAGCAGCUUUGGCGGCUUGUACAAUUCCCAGACUCACUAGUGGCGAGAGUCCUCCGGGGAAGAUACUAUCGGCUGAGUUCGCCUUUGCGGAUCGGUGCAGUGGAUAGCCCAUCAUAUGUGUGGACGAGUAUCAUAGCGGCAAGGAAACUAUUGCUUUUGGGUAUCAGGAAUAAAGUUCAUUCAGGAUAUGAAAUUAAUGCUUGGCAAGAUCCAUGGAUUCCCACGGUUCCAGCAAGGCCGGCUUACCCUAGAGUCCCAGUAGUUAAUCCAAAGAUGACAGUCAGUGAUCUUAUUGAUGUUGAGUCAAAGGAGUGGAAUGUUCGAGCAUUGAAGCAGUAUGUAGACCAGGAAGACAUACCAACGAUUCAGAGUCUGGCCAUAAGCCCAACUCACCGACACGAUACUUUCUGCUGGAGCUAUAUCAAAAAUGGACAAUAUACUAUUAAAUCUGGAUAUUGGGUAGCAACAAAUAUAUUGAGAGAUGUUGGGGAAAAAGAAGUUGUCGAGCCCAGCAUAACCAAACUUCAAGCCUUUGCUUGGAAAGUCGAUGCACCACAAAAAAUUUGUCAUCUUAUAUGGCAACUAAUUUCAGGGCAGGUAGCUGUCACAAGGAAUUUGGUACGUCGUAAUAUGCAAUGUGAUAAUUAUUGCCCAAGGUGUGGAGAAGCUGAAGAGACGGUUACUCAUGCGAUUUUUGAAUGUCCACCGGCAGUACAAGCAUGGGCACUGUCAUCAACACCGACAAGCGCUCAAACAUUCCCGACUUCGAGCAUUUAUACCAAUAUGGACUACCUAUUUUGGAGGAAGAAUAGUAUUAUGGGGCCAGAAAAUGACAGAGACCCAUAUCCUUGGAUAAUCUGGUACAUUUGGAAAGCGAGGAACAACAAACUGUUCAGAGGUAUAGACAGAGACCCUUUGGAGUUAGUAAGAUAUGCAGAGAGUGAAUGCCAGGCAUGGUACAAUGCAAAGGAAUCUAUACAUGCUCCUACACAGACACAAAUGGGUGAAGAUACACAAGCCUUAAGCUUGGAGAAUAUUUGUAUGGUGGAUAGUUCAUGGACCUCUACGGAUCAAUUCAGUGGAAUUGGAUGGAUGUGGAAGGAUGAGAGAGGGAAGAUCCAAUUAAUGGGGAUGAGGAAUCUAAGGAGGCGAGAGACAUCACUACACUCUGAAUUGGAAGCUCUAAAAUGGGCAAUGGAGAGCAUGCUACAGCACUUGACAUGUCAGAGAUUUGGGACAGAUUGUAAGGAUCUGAUAGCAAUGGUAGUGGAUCCACAAGCAUGGCCAAAGUUCGCAACCGAGCUAGAGGUCAUUCAACUUCUGAAGAUGUGUUAUCCGGAUUUCAAGAUCGAAUACUUCCCAAGAGUGCAAAAUGGAAUUGAUGAUUCAUUAGCUAGGAAUGCCCGAUCUUUUCAUAGGUCUUUGUGCUUUGUUGGUUGUUCUAUUCCGGCCUAG